UUGCGUCCUGCGCCCACUCGCCGGCGGAUGAAGGCGAUUCGCGGUGUGCUGCUCACCUGCGACCCGGCCGUCAAGCAAAUUUUGCUCAUCCUCAACGAGAAGUAUAACUCGUCUGGGGGAGGUGGCGGCUUUAUUAUCGAGGACCUCGAUGACUGGCAUAUCGUCAUAAAAGCAGACGAAGAAGGGCGUGUUCGCCGCGAGCUUGAGGCAGAGCUCGAGAAAAACACGUACACGCUCGAAGGCUGAAGUCGAUAUUUCGAAGCCAAGUUUGACCGUCGUCCACCCGGUCAUGACGAGCUAGAAUGCAUUUUUGUACAGCGACCGUCUUGCAUGCGCAAGCUUUGCGAGAUAAAGCAGGCAGUUUCGACCAGUCGAAGUCCGUGUGUCGUCGAAGUUCG